GACUGGCUCCCCGCCGGGCUGGCCGAGCAGCUCAAGUGGCUGAACUACCGGGCGGCGGAGGCCGCCGCGGCGCUGGCGCUGGGCAGGGCAGCGGAGGCGUCCGACGCGGCCCUGUGCGGCCUGGUGCACGCGCUCGCGGUCGAGCGGGCGGAAUGUCCAGGCCUGGCGGCCGAGCCGCGUGCGCUGCUGCGGCGGAUGGCCUGGCUCGCGCUGCCCGCGCUCCACGGGGCCGCGCAGGCGUCAGAGUUGUAA